AUGGGUUUAAUUACAUCAAACCCCAACAAGGGAGCGAUUGUUAAUUCUGAGUUAGCUUCUGACGAAGUGCUUAAUAAGAUAGUGGAAGAAAUUGGUCGUGCUGUUAAUGAAUUAAAGGAGCAUGUUGAGAACUGGAGUGCGAUUGUUAAUUCUGAGUUAGCUUCUGACGAAGUGCUUAAUAAGAUAGUGGAAGAAAUUGGUCGUGCUGUUAAUGAAUUAAAGGAGCAUGUUGAGAACUGGCAUCUAUUGUCUAGCAAAGUAUACUUUGUUAUGCAAGUUGAACCCCUAAUAUUAAGAAUUCACACUUUGGGGCUCAAUCUUUUCCAGCAGCUGAAGGCUUCUCAGCAUUGUCUCCCUGAUGAAUUAAGUUCUGAACAUUUACAGAACUGUUCUCAAAAACUUAAGCUUUUGGGACAUGAAGAGACCACAUCAAUUGUUAAGGAAGAUAUUACAGAACAACUGGAAAAUGUAGGACCCAAUUUAGAGGUGCUGGCAAAAAUUGCUGAUAGCCUGGGCCUAAGGACUAAUCAAGAGGUUCUGAUUGAGGCUGUAGCUCUUGAAAGGUUGAAGGAGAAUGCUGAACAAUCUGAAAAGAAUGCAGAAGCUGAAUACAUUGAUAAAAUGAUUACUGUUGUAACACGUAUGCAUGAUCAUCUUGUUAUGCUCAAGCAAGCCCAGAGUAGCAGCCCAGUUCCAAUACCUGCUGAUUUUUGUUGUCCUCUUUCUCUGGAAUUGAUGACGGAUCCUGUGAUUGUGGCAUCCGGGCAAACAUAUGAGCGAGCUUACAUCAAGAACUGGAUUGAAUGA